AUGUACUCACUGACUUCUCUCCUCGCUUCCCUGGCAGGUUCGAGCGAGCAUCUCAACACCAAGGUGCUUCUGCUCACGAGGCAGGUGGUGUUGACUUCAACAGCACAACAGCGGACGAGAAGAGGAGCAGAGGAGGAGCAGCCUCGACGCCAUGGAAUGUUGCAACAUGCUGCAGCAUCUUUCGCUUCCGUCUGCCAUGCGCUCACUGACUCCCUCUUGGUGUUGCCAGCAGGUUCUUUUGACCAAUACAACGCCAAGGCCGUUAUGCUUACAAAGCUGGUGGUGUGGGCGCCAGCAGCGGAGAAGAGGAGCAGAGGAGAAGAGGAACGGGGGAGAAGAGGAGCGGAGGAGAAGAGGAACGGAGGAGAAGAGGAGCGGAGGAGAAGAGGAACGGAGGAGAAGAGGAGCGGAGGAGGAGAGGAGAAGAGGAGCAUAGGAGCAGAAAAGAGGCGUUCAGGUGCCCCUGAGGUUUGCUUGACUGUGUUGGCCGCUGCAGCAGGAGACGAGCAGUGGAGAGGAGAGGAACAGAGGAGAGGAGCAGAGGAGGGGAGGAGAGUAGCAGAGGAGACGAGCAGCGUAGCAGAGGAGCAUCAGAGCAGAGGAGCAGAGGAGAAGAGGAGCACCUUUGAACACUUGGAUUGGAAGCCCGUUCAGUUCCUUUUCUCCUUGAGCCUUGCACUCACUCCUUUCCUCUCCUCCUCCUUGUGUGCUUGGCAGGUUCUCUCCACCUCGCCCAAGGCUCAACUUGAGCGGCUCAAGUCGCAAGGCCGUUCAGGGGAGCGCCAAGGCUCUUCAAGCGAGUGCCACGGUCGCCCCAACACUCUCCAGAGGAGCUUCACGGCGGGCAGCACCGUCCAAGCCACACCACCUGCCUGCACGCUGAAGGUUGCAGUAUCGCCCCCUCCUGCCUCCACACUCCACACGAGCCCCCCCCCUUUCCCCUGGUGCUAUUCAGGAGGCCCCUCACUCGCCACCAACCAGGACUCAAGGCAGCAACCAGGCGCACGGCAACUCAUAGGCGCAAGGCAACACCAAGACCUCCUCGGCACGCACUGCAUGCACGCAUUCCGCCCCCUUGUGUCCUCCACAGCGGUCCUUCACUCACUCCUGAUCGCUUCCCUCUCCCCUCCUUUCUACCCUUCCUUCCCCCCUUCUGACUGCCAGGCUCUCCGCUUUAAGUGGAAGAUGAAGGUUUGGUACUUGGCUGCUGUGGAGGGUGUAAUGGGCAUCAUCCCCCGUGUGACUGUGUCAUGCCAUCCCAUGCUCUCUCCAUCACCCUCUGCACAUGCAUGCGUUCCGCCCCUUGUCUCCUCCAUAGCUUCUCUUUUUAUCCCCCCGCUCCCUCCCCUCUUCUCUACCCCCGCCCUCCCCCAUUCCCCCCGUCUGCCAGGCUCUCUGCUCGAAGCCUGCCCUGCAACUAGGUGUGCAUGGGGAUGGGAGGGAGGCAGCACUGCAGCAGACUUGAAUCGCUGCCACAAGGGAGAGUAUGGGGUUGGGCUUGGCCUCUCAACUCAAGUCUCUUAUCAGUUUCUUCCCACUCACCAGUUCCUCCUGCCUUGCCUCUCCUGUCCCCUUCCCCCCUCUCCAUGCCCGUUACCAGCCUCAGAGUGGGAGCACUGGAGCAAGGGAGAGGGGAGUCCACCGUCUCACUCACCUCCUCCUCUUUCCUUUUUCCCUUCCCUCCCAGCAGCACCCUGCCUGGACCACGGUGGAAUCCUGCCGUCUGUGAACCCCCCCAUUCCCCGGUCCCCCCACUUCCCAGCAGCCUCAGGCAUCAUUUCGCUCUGUUCCGUUGUGGUAGGUAGAGGUAAGGAGGCAUGGGGUGAAGGGAGGGGGUGGGUGGGAGGCAUGGGAGCAAGCGGGCAGUUCACUUUCUAA